UUUCCGGCAAAAUGGGGGACGGUUUUAUGAAUCGGAAGGUGAGAAGACAUCUGACUGACGCAGACUGAUGAUGACGCUCGCCUUGCUUGUGCAUGUGCGCGCGUGUGCGCGUGUGUUUGUGUGGUGGUGCGGGGCUGGGCUGUGUUGUGUGACGACGGUUUUGAAUGGACACAACACACCAAGAGAAAGACCUGCUCAUGUUGCCUGAUGUUGACUGAUCUGUGGAUCCUGUGCAAUGCCAUGCUGCUGUUGCUGUUCGUUUGUUUGUUGACGCUGUUGACGCGUCACUCUUUGACGCGAUGAUGCUGUAGCUGUACGAACGUUGGCUGACAUGACUUCAUGGCAUGGUGCCUGCCUCGCACACGUGAUUACACGUGUGCGGAUGCAUAUGUGUGGACGCAUGUCUAUAUGUGCGUGUUUGACUGUUGUGGCAGUUCUUCCAUCCGUCGAACUUCCAGAACCAGCGUCGAAAGUUUGCUGCGGAGCAGAAGGAGAUUACCCGCAUCAAGAGGGACAAGGAGUUGGAAGCCGAAUAUGCAAAGGAACGCUCCGAACAAGAAGCCAAGGGCUUCAACCUGCUGCCAACCGAGCAGCAGGAGUUUGAGAAAAGCAAAUACACAUUGAGGUUCAUGUACGAUGUGCCGCCCGAGGUUGGAGCCGAGCCCAAGAAGAAAGAGGUCAACAUCAAUGAGCUGUCGUACAAGGAGCAGAAGGCCCUGCCGCUGGCAGAGAAGCUCCCUUUCCUGAAGAACGCCCCUCGACAAGCCCAAGCGAGGAACAUGAGUGGGGUGCGGGACAAGCCGUUUGGACAGCAGGUGCGCAACGUGCGCUGCCUCAAGUGUGGCCAGUGGGGCCACCAGCACGUCGACCGCGUCUGCCCGCUCUUUGGAAAGGCAAAGAUUGGCGUUGAAGGCGAAGCAGAGCGGGCGUCGUUUGAGGACCCGGCAGUGCUGAUGCAGCGCAUGCGGCGCGACGGCCUCUCCCUCACCCGCUCCGUCCUCGGCAGACAGAACGACCCGACCGCAGACAACCAGCAACUUGUGGAGGAGCCGUCUGAUGCGGAGGAAGAGGACGACGUCGCGUUCAUUGCGUCCCUCUCCCGCGCAGACAAGAAGAAACUCCUAAGAAAACUGCGGCGGGAAGAGCGGCGAGCGAAGAAGAGGAAGCACAAGGAGCGGAAGCACCGACGCAGCACAAGCGAUGGCGACGAUGCUGAACUUCACCAUUUCCAUCCUGAGCGCCGUCCUGAUCGCCAUCCUGCCCGUCAUCACCAGCGCCACACCAACAACAACAGCAACAACAACAACCAUCACGACCAACGCGGCAGUAUAGGAGUGUCGCCUCGCCUGGGAGCACCAGCAUCGCCAUCGCUGCCACCACCGUCAUUGUCACUGUCACCGACUCCAAACAGCAGCAGCAGCAGCAGCAGCAGCAGAAGAGAGGGCGAAGAAGAGGAGAGGAUGGAACGGAAAUUUGCGGCGGCAGUGAAGAGGAAGAAGAAGAAGAAGAAGAAAAAGGAGAGAAAACGCCACCGGAAACACAAGCGACGAUCGCACUGAUGCGCAUCCACUCUUAAUGGCUCCAAUGCUCUCAUAAUCAAUGUGUGUGCUUGUGUUUAUGCGAAAAGCGCAAGUUUUCGCGUCAUCACAUCACCAGACUGUAUUGCGAAUGGCGGGCUGGCCCGUCACAACCUCCGUCCAAUGUCGUGCUGUGCACGAUGCUGUAGUGUCCCACACCGCCUCCCACCCUAACCAUAGAUCGCUCCUACUACCAUGCCUACCCCCACCCAACCCCACUCAUCUUCGAUGCUCUUAUUUCGCACAGUUGUUACUGCUGCUGCUGCUGCUGCUGUUGUUGUUGUUGUCGUGUCUUCUUUGCAUGUAUGCUGGUCCAUCAGCAACAACAAUAACGGCAACCAAAACAAAGCCACACUCAUC